GUGAGGGGAGAGGUGUUCAGUCAGAGUGGCCAAGGGGAAGGAACACGACACUGAAGGCCCGGAUUCUGGUCUCUGCUCUGGCACCAACUUAUUGAGUCACCUGAGGCAGAAUUAUCAGAACGUCUGAACACCACGAGAGCUAUGGAGUGACUGAAUGAAUCGACAAUAAAGUUCGAAUCUAUACUCGAUUUAGUGACCAAUAGAAAAAUAAAGCCUCUGCUGAGGAAAAUACCAUGCCGUGCUGAUCCCAGCAGGGAAUAAGCAACAGCAGAAAUCUAACAGGAGAAACCGCAGCCCAGCUUUACAGUAAACCAACUCUUCGGGAGCGCUGUGUAGCUGCCAAAGCGCUUUCCUGGCUGUUGGCUUCCUGGCGCUUCUCCACAUCCCGGGGAGGACUUUGCACGUCGCUUGGCGCACCGAAGGUGCUCCAGCAGCGUUGGGGGCACGGAAUGGAACCAGAGAGGAGCGGCCUCCGGCUGGUGGGGAUUGAAGGCCUCGCUGAGGCACCUGACAAACUGCUCUGGCCACACGUGCAGGGGCUGUCCUGUCACAAAGCCCCCUGAGACAUGAUGUCACACACAGACACCACUCUCCUUGAAAAAGGGAGGGGCUGGGCCCUGGGUUCCCAGACUUCCCCGGGCUCUGGUGCCCUUCUAGGCUCGGUCCCAGAGCCGGACGGGAGCUGAGGAGGACGCUGCCUGGACUCUGGUCUGGUCAGAGGGUGCUCUGCAAAUGGCCGACACCAUCGAGGUUGGCAGCUUUGGCGAGCAGGCUCGAAGGCUGUCCUCAGGAAAGCACCCAAGCAGACCGCCUCUCGGAAAAAGCCUGAUAACUUUGCUCACACCAAGUUAUAAAUGGCCAAAAAGCUUCCCGGUGAAUACAUUGCGGGCGGGUUUCUCAGAGAAGGUGCUCUGGAGAAGGGAGGCACGCAGGGCCCCGCGGAGAGACUGAAAAUGGUGUUUGGACUGGGCGGCCAGAGAGAGAGGCUCUACAAGCCCCUGUACAUAGCACACCUCUUGGUUCUUGCAGGCGUGGUGUACUACUAUUUUCAGGGGUCUGUGGGGAAGCCAGCCCCUGACAGUGAGAUUGCUGACGGACCCUCACAGCUCGCAGGGGAGACCUUGAGGCCGGUGUGGGGGCCGAUGGAUAAGUGCUACCCUGUGACCACUCAGAGACGCAGAGUCAAGAUCGGGAAGAAGCAAGCCAAGGCCAUGGCCCCCGAGGCAACGGGAGGACUGAGCGCUGCUGCGCCCAAGGAGGAGACUGAGCUCCGGUCUCAGCAGGAGGGGGAGGUGAGGCCCCCAGGGGUGGAAGCCGCAGGCCGGGGCCCCGCUGUGAAGGAGAAGGAGGCGGCUGAGGAGGAAGAAGCGGCAGGGGCCCCAGGCUGGGAGGAGAACACGAAGGUCCAAAAGGAGGUGGCAGUAUACCCUUCCGAGGCCUCUGCGGUGGAGAGCAAGGAGGAAAGGCCUGGAGGCUGGGUCCCCCAGCUCCUGAGGAAGCUCUGGCUGGACUGGGUCCCAGCCGCUGACAUCCCAAAGACUCAGAACCACGAAUGACCAAAUAGCCAAUAAACCCGGAGACUUGCCACUUC